GUGUUAUUGUUCCCCUUGUGCGCAGGCGUUGUAACGCGGCGGGUCGUGGUUUCUUCGUAGAUCGAAAAAUUAAUGUCCAGCAUGGAUUCUACCUUUGAUCUAGAGCUUUUCCCCGAACACAGUGUGACUCAACUGCUUUUUAAAGAUGUAAAAAAUGCCAAAGAGCUGAGACAGAGUGCAAUGGAGGGUAAAAUAAAUGCUGCCUUAAUCAAUCCUACUAUGCUUGUGAAUCCUUUCCAAGUUCUCGUGGCUACCAACAAGGCUGUUCACUUACAGAAACUUGGAAAAAUGAAAACCAGAAGUUUAUAUUCAGAAAUCAUCUUCAACCUGUCACCUACCAAUAAUAUCUCAGAGGCUUUCAAAAAGUUUGGGAUCUCUGAUGGAGAUGACUCAGUCAUGGUGGUUCUGGUUCACACCAAAAAUGAGUCACAGUCUCUGCAAGACAUCAUUGCCAAAGUGAACGGACAGCAGGUUCCAGUGGAGGAUGUUUCCCUGUUGUCAAACCUCACAAAAAUCAAACAGCUGUACAAAGUCACUCCACAAGAAGAGAAGUGUGGGACUCUUCUGGAUGCUGUUGUCUGCAGGAUGGCCACCAAAGAUGUCAUUUAGCUGCAAGAGGGAAAAUGAACAGAGGGGAUAAGAACAGGCCUUGUUUUCAAAUUCAAUAUUGAUUAUUUCUUGUUAGGUUUAUCCAACAAUAAGUUCCACAAUGGCAAGCAAUGGAAUAAAAGAUUAAUGAUUUCUACUGAAUGAACCACUGCUCAUGCUCACAGCUGAAAAGUAAUUAAAUGUUAUUUUUUAUACUUUG